GAAUAAGACAACAAGCAUAUAGUUACAGAUGCGUAAAUCUACUGUAGAAAAUGAAGGGAUUAAUAACGAAUCGAUUCCUCUGCCAAAACACAUCCCGUUUCCAGAAAUACCUAAUACUAACGAAAUUUUAAAUGAGUUGUUAGUUUUCGUUUUUAUUUUAUUUUCAGCUGGAAUGCAAUUUUUACAUAUAUAUAGAACAAUUUGGUGGCUACCAGAAUCCUAUAUAAAUCACACAAUUAAUUUUUAUUUAAUUGAUCCGUACUUGGUAAUAUUCGUUAUAUUUAUGUUAUCGAGACGAGUGCUAUACUGCUUGAUGAAUUAUAGUUUAGAGGCUUUUUACAAGGAUACUCAACUAAAAAUACAUAAAUUAGUUGGGAGGUACUGCUUUGUUUUUGUUUUAAUGUUAAUAUUAGGAUGCUGCAUUUCAAAAAUUUAUACAAAACAAAGUUAUUUAAGUAUGUUCCUCCUAUUAUAUCCACUAGUUGUAUAUUUUCUGGUUUUCGGCCCUAAAAUUGAACCUUUUCUUCGAACAAUAAGUGAAAUUGAAGGAACAUACCUCAAUGGUUAUCCGAUGCAUUGUUGCUCAUCAAAUCCAAGUGCUAUUAGAGAUGAAGUGGACACAUUAAAAAAUGAUUUCAAUAAUAGGUUUAAACAGGCAAUCUUUACAUCAGUUUUAAAUGCAUAUUAUUCAGGAUUUGUUCCUUGCUUUUUUGCUCAAAAUCAUUUAUAUUAUGAUGUGUUAUGGGCGACUCAACAUGUAUUAUUCGUGUGGUUAGGUGGUUUGACAAUGGUUUUGGUAUUUUGCUUUCCAGCAAAAUAUUGCGAUGUUUUACAUCGAGCAGCACUUCAUUUAGGAACAUGGUCUAAAGUUGAACGUAUGAACAAUAUGACUUUGCCACCAGUUACAUAUACAAAGACUAUUGCUUGGAAUAAUGGGAGUGUUGUUCGUCAUUCUGGAGAAUUAUAUCGUUCUAUUGGGCCAGUCACAUCUGCAACUCCGGGAAACACGACCCAUUACCGAUUCUAUAAGCUAUUCAGUAAUCCUUCGGUGGUAUAUAUGUUUCUUACAGGAUUGCAAGCUUCGUUAGUUAUUUUACAAGUUUCAUUGCUCUUUUUCUCAAUUGAAUGGCAUAAUAUUUUAUCAUUAAGUUUCUUGACAUUAACAAACCAUCUUACUUUGUUUAAGGUGAUCAGAGAUUAUUUAGUUACACAAAAGGUGUAUGCUGCUGAAUCGUCAAUCUAUGAAAAACUAACGUCCCACUUUAAUUAAUUAAAUUUUAGAUAAGUACAUAUGAUAUAAUGUAUUAAGAAUUUUAUUAUUUGAAAUUAAAUUAAUUUCAUAUUACAUUUUGUAAUUUAUUUCAAAAAUUU